UCUCGUGUCAAAAGCAGAUAAAUUUUCGGCUCAAAAAAUUCUUAGCUUCAUUUUCUAACGUCUUUGUGCCCUCUCGUCCCCUGCACAUCUCACUCGAUACCAUUCUGUGCCGAAUAUUACAACAAUAUUUCUAAUAACAACAAAUUUAAUAAUAAUUAUAAUAUCGAGAGGAAUGACAAUAGAUUGUGGCUCGUGAUGUCAGUGCAUUCCUUUGCACUGAAAUUAGACGUUCUCGCCAGAGCGUGCGACUGAUUCGACUGGUAUGAUUUGGAGAUUUACAAAAAAAAAAACGUAAAAAUAAUUUCGAAAUCGUUUUAUCAGUGGCAGAGAAGUGUUAAUUUAAUUGAAAUAAGACAUUGAGCCAAUGAGAACAGUUGUCGAUUAAGAGUUUCGGAAAGUGUGAUUUAAUUAUCGUCGUUUUAUAAGUCUGUGUAUACAUUUCUAUACACUCGAAUGUCGAGCAAACUCGGUGCAUUUGUACGAGUAUUUUUGCAGUGGGAGAAUUAUUAAUCAUCUCGAUUUAUCUAACAGUGACGUUCUCAGUUCAACGCGAAUCUGAACUUUACGAACCUCCUGAGAGGAGAUCGCGCGUGAAUAUUCCCUUGCUUUUAUUUGCCAUUAACCGUCAUCGUGACACGAGCUACGCUUUGUAAAUCCUUCUAAGCAACCUGACCCCCCUCGUCGACGUGAAAAAUGUUUCGGUUUUCUGCGACGAUGUGGCUUGGUCUAAUCGCCUUUUUGGGAUUACGCGGUGCUCUCUGUGAUCACGAUUCUUCUGUGGUCGAUUUGUCGUACAAGGGCCUGAAGAAGGAAGAUUUCUUCGUGAAAAUUCAGUCUCAGAUCCACCUCCACAACAAAACAGAUUUGAUACUGCGUGGCAACGAGUUCGAUAGUUUUCUCGAUUGUUCAACGAAACUGGACAAUUUGAGGAAACUCGAUUUAUCGGAGAAUCAUCUUCAGCGUUUCUUCUUUUUGUGCAAAGAGGAAUACAAUUUGGAGAUACUGAACGUCAGUCACAACCAGCUCGAGUACAUCGACGAUUAUGCCUUGAACGAUCGAAUACCAAAACUGAGAGUUUUGGAUCUUUCCUGGAACAAAUUGACCGUCGUUAAUGAAACGAUGUUGGAACACAUGAAGAUGUUGCAGUUUUUAUCGGUCGCCAACAAUCCAGUUGCGGAAAUUCACGAGGAUUCGUUCUCGACUCUGCGCUCCCUCCUUCACCUCGACUUGAGCAAUAUUUCAGCGAGUGAUUUUUCCGCUGGGUUAUUCAAACCGUUGACGAAAUUGACUUAUUUGAAUUUAUCCUCGAAUCCGAUAGUGACGAUCCCUUUCUUACCGAUCAGUCUCCAGGAGCUCGAUAUCUCGCGUACCGAUAUUUUUUACCCUGAAAAUUUGUUGCUUCCGCAAUUAGUGUCGUUGCAAAUGAACUGGAUGCCAAACUUGACCGCUAUAUUGCUCAACGAUUUCGAAAACCUGACGAUGCUCGAAUCCUUGUCGAUGGAGGGCUCGAAAAAACUCACCGAAUUUCGCGUCUGGCCUCCCAACAGUCGUUUACUGCCACGACUCCAACGCUUGUCGAUCAAAAAUUGCAGCAUCGAAUCUCUCAACGGUGAACUGCGACCGAUAAUGCAGCGCACGCCAGUCGUCGAUUUACAGUUCAAUCCCUGGCAUUGCGACUGCAGAAUGCAAUGGGUCAAUCGACUUCAACUUACCAACGAACUCAGUCAGGAAAUCAGGUGCAAAUCUCCGCCUCUGCUCGAAGGAAAAUGCUUAGCAGACAUACCAAACGUGGAAUUACGUUGCGAGGAUAACAACUGGACGAUUUAUCCGAUCGUGUGGUCCGCAAUCGGAGUUUUAAUAGUUGCCUUAUUCGCCAUGAUUGUUUUCGUCGUAAUGAAGAGGCCGAUAUCCCAGUGGAAGUUACCCACGAGAGGGGGAAAUACAGUUUCGUAUAAAAAUGUCGUAGAAUCGAACAACGAUCUCAUAAGAAUAUUGACCCCGGGCGAAACGUCCGAUCGGGCUGAAGAAUAAAAACUUUUUUGAGGUUAAACAAUCAGAAAUGACAGUUAUUGACCGAAAAUUUUCUUCAGGAACUUGCCUCUCGUCGAAAAUUCAUUUUAGCCUUAAAAGAGCGAGUAUUUCACGACAUUAUGAGCAUAUAAAAAUGUUUCAUUGAAUAUUUAAUAUCCAUCAUGAUUAAGCCAUUAUCGAGUGGAGCCAGUCGAACGAAAAAAUACGAGUGUGCUCAACUCAGUUUUCAAAUAAUUUCAUUCCGAGUAGCAUCCAAAAAGUUUUCAAGUAGAAUAAAAAUAAUAAUCUGGAGUAUCCUCGACGCAGAAUGUUAACUCUCGAGCGCACUGUUACAAACCCUUUCAUAUCACCCUCGAAAAAGCCACCAUUUUACUAGCGUGUUUUUUCUAUUAUUUUGUAUAAUAAAAAAGAGAACGAAAA